CCCGAGUCGUUCUACUCCUGACAGCCCUACCACCUCUCCACCACCAUGGGGGAAUGGACCAUCCUGGAGAGGCUGCUGGAGGCGGCCGUCCAGCAGCACUCUACUAUGAUCGGAAGGUGGCCAGAAAAAGGAGACGAAAGGGAUGUCCGUGUUGCUCUGUUUCUGCUGGAUUUGAUCUUGCUGACAGUGGUGGUGAUUUUCCGUAUCCUUAUAGUCGGCAUAGUGGGGGAGAAGGUGUACGAGGAUGAGCAAAUCAUGUUCAUCUGCAACACCAUGCAGCCCGGCUGCAACCAGGCCUGCUACGACAAGGCCUUCCCCAUCUCACACAUCCGCUACUGGGUCUUUCAGAUCAUCCUGGUGUGCACGCCCAGCUUGUGCUUCAUCACAUAUUCUGUCCACCAGUCUGCCAAAGCGCGGGACCGAAGCUACUCUCUCCUGCAUCCUUACAUGGACCAUCACGGUCACGGUCACCACGGCCGCCAUCACGACCACCACGCUCGCAAGCUUCACUCUCGCAACAUCAACGGCAUCCUGGUGCACCCCGACAGCAGCAAGGAGGAACACGACUGCCUGGAAGUCAAGGAGAUCCCCAACGGCCCCCGGGGGCUCCCUCAAACACACAAGAGUUCCAAAGUGCGGCGACAGGAAGGCAUCUCCCGUUUCUACGUCAUCCAGGUGGUGUUCCGCAACGCGCUGGAGAUCGGCUUCUUGGCGGGCCAGUACUUCCUGUAUGGCUUCAACGUGCCAGGGAUGUUUGAGUGCGAUCGCUACCCGUGUGUGAAGGAGGUGGAGUGUUACGUGUCUCGUCCUACAGAAAAGACCGUGUUUCUGGUCUUUAUGUUUGCCGUGAGCGGCAUAUGUGUGCUGCUCAACCUGGCUGAGCUCAACCACCUGGGCUGGAGGAAGAUAAAGACGGCCAUGCGAGGGGUGCAGGCCCGGAGGAAGUCCAUCUGUGAAGUGCGCAAGAAGGAUGUUUCACACCUGUCCCAGGCCCCAAACCUGGGCAGGACCCAGUCUAGUGAGUCAGCCUACGUCUGACAGAGGCUUCUCUGCCUGGGGGAUCGAGGACCUCGAACAUUUUGGAGAAGAGCUUUUCCCUGGUCCAGGACCCCCAAUCAUUAGGGCACAAAACUCACCACUGCAUUAUUAUUCAGGAGCACAGAUAGACUCUGUGUAGUCAUGACAAAGCAUCAAUUCACAAAGUAGAGACACGUCAAGAGAGGAGAAUCACCUUCCUAAAAACUGUAACAAAGCUUACACCUAAAGCUGACAUGAUGGAGAGUUCUGCUCUGCCUAGGUGACACUAGGUGCCUUCAAACAGAUAAAACUGAGCAGUUACUAAUUAUAUUAAAAUACUGUAAAGAUAGUCUGAGGUUGAAUUAUCUGAAGUUCUUUAUUAUUUGCCUUUGCUGUAGGUCAGAAAUAAUCCCCUGAUUUUCCAAUUAUGUGUGCUUAUGCAAGAGCUUAAGCGUGUGCAUGCAUACGCAUGUGUGCGGGAAAAAAAAGCCAAUGUCUGACUUAAGUCAGAAAAUUGAAUGCUAAACUAAUCCAAGCUACAGAGAGAAAGAUAUUAUUUCUAUUAUAUGUGUUAUUUCGCGUUGUCGAGUAAAGUCACUCGGCGGACAAACAAGCACCUUUUUCAACAAGAAACAAAGUCAGACAGAAAAACCAACAGUAGAAA